AGUCCAAUGUUCAUGAGUAUAACCCUUCUUACAAAGAGUGAGGUUUUAUAUUUUACAAGAAAUUAUUAUACUCCAUUUCUAAAUAUUGGGCUCCAAAUGAUAAGGUCCAAAGCUAUUAUAAAAAAAAAUCUUUGUUUUUUUUACCUUUGGGCCCUUACUUUCCCAAGAAAAUGCCUACGAGACAGAAAAUACUGAUGUUCUCAUCGGGCUUUCUCACAAGCUUUGGGGCUUUCAUCGUCAUUUGCUCUGUUCUUGCGACUCAAGAAUGGAUCAGAAGUACGAUUGCCAUUAAUGACCCUUCUUCCAACGGUAGUGUUAUUAUCAGCUACGGACUCUUUCGUGGGAAGAGCAUUCAAGAAUUGAAUCAUGGACUUGCAGAAUCAGACAAAGAUUUUGAAGUUUUAAGGAAAUUGAACGAUUCUUCCCAAAAAGUUCUGCACGUGGUGGUUAUCCUGUUCCUGGUCCUCAGUUUGUCUACAACGUUGCUGAGCGCUGGGUUUACCUUCUACAAUAGCGUCAGCAACCCCUACCAGACGUUCCUGGGGCCGGUGGGCGUGUACACCUGGAGCGGGCUCAGCGCAUCCUUCGUUUUCGUGGCCAUGAUGCUGUUUGUGGGGAACAUACAGUCGAAUCAUCUCUCGGAGGAGCUGGCCCAGACGCUGUACCCACUGUACUCCACAGCCACUCACAAAGGGACAGCGCACAGCUAUGGGUACUCAUUCUGGCUCCUGCUGCUCAUCAUUCUCCUAAACAUCGCCACCGUGGUCAUCAUCAUUUUCUACCAGAAGGCCAGAUACCAGUGGAAGCAGGAGCAGAGGAAGCCAGUGGAAUAUGCCCCAAAGGAUGGAAUUUUGUUCUGACUUCUCCACCAGGUCAUUUUGUCCUUCGGUCUAUUCUGUUGCUCAGCUCCCGAGCUUUAACUAGGUGGCUGGUCUGGACAAUCAGCAUGGCCAAGUCCUGGCUGGCUGUCACUUUGUGAUCGUUAAUGUAUCUCAUGACAUUAUGUUCUUCAUAAACGAUGUACCCUUAAAAAGGUUUCUUCCCACUCGGAUGGGGAAGAUGAAGGGAAAGGCCUCCAUUCCAUGCCGUGUCCAAAGUGGUAGAAAAACUAUGAGCCUAUGGACCCUCCUGACCUGGUCUCACUCUCUAAAUUAAUAAAGGUUUGUGUUAUGCCCCUUUCCUCCAAGCAGCUCCAAGCAUUUUAGCACCUAUGAUCCCAUUCUCCUCAGGAGCCUGGGUAUUUUUGUUCCGCUCUGUGAAUGAAGAUGGUCAGGCGCAGGGCUUUGGAACCCGUCUUUUCAGGACCAGCUGCCGAAGGCAAAAGGCGAAACUUGAGGGUGAAUGACCUGGUCCUCUGGGCCCCUAGUUGCUAAAGCAACUCAAACCCAGUGGUGGGCAGAAAUGCUGGUGUGUGACCUUCCAAUGCAGUUUUGAGGUUCUGAGGUGUGGUUUUGUAUGGAAAGGAUUAGGAAGUGUGAAGAUUGAAGAGAGAUAAGAAUUAUAACCCCAUAGCCUAUACGUGAAGGAGGUUAAAUAUAUUUUUGGUUUAAAUGGAUUGUGCUGAGUUUAGUCAAAAUGGAAAUGCAACAUUGCAACAAGUUCUAGCAACCACCACCUCAGCCAAGCCUCUGCCUGGUUACUGCAGUGUUGGCAUGGGAGUAACUGGUUAGAUGUGAGUGUAUCACCCAUCUGAAGAGUGCUGCCCAGCUGGAGGCUAGCAAGGCGUGGGCUAGAGCACCACAGCUCGUAGGCAUUGCCUGAAUCAAGGCAGGGCAGAUGCAGGACAUAGGUGCAGGGUUGCCCUCUGUAAGCAGGUGGGUAAAACUUGCUCACAGUCUCCUGAAAAGACAAUGAGCACCAGAAAUAUUUUGGAAAGCACCAGAAUGGAUUCUACCGACUCUACCAUAGGCUCUUCUAGAAAAUCACUUUGAGGAUCUUUUGGUCUUGAAUAUUCCACAAAUUGGGUGGAACAUUGGCAGGAUUCUGAAGUAUUCUUUCAUGUCAGAUGGACCUGAAGUCAAAUGGAGCAGAAAUCCCUUCAUGUAGUUUACCAAGCAGUACCUGUUUGGACAGAAAAAUGUCUCCUUUAUGAAGCCAUCAAGAAUUUAUGACCUCCUUGCCUAUUAUUUUUUAACAGCCUGUCUCAGAAAUAAUAUUUUUCAUUCAAGAAACAAUGUAUUAAAUAUCUGUGAUGUCAUUAACAUUGUGCCAACUCAGAGAUCUGCCUCCAGGGAGCUUCCUGGUGAGCGAGCAGUCAAGGCAGACAUUCAAAAAGCGGCUACUAAAUUCCGUGUGAAACAGGCACUAGUCAAAAGAUGGUCUCUGUAUCCUCCCACCCCAAAGUCCUCCCGAGUCAAGGCUACUGUAAUAAAUUAACUUAUUAAGAAACUGAACAUAUUAAAACAUGAUGCUCAACA